UCCCCCUCCGCGGUCGAACCAACCCGUUUCCAUGGAGACGCGUCCAGACAGCUGGGACAUGGCCACCCUGGAGAAGCUCCGCAGCCGCUUGGCUCACCUCAAAGUGGAGUAUUUCCUAGAAAGCAGGAUCGCAGAAGACAACAGAUUAAAGGAAUACAAAGCGGCUGUAACAAUCCAGAGUCGGUUCAGAGGGUUCAAAGUGCGGGCCUACCUUAGGUAUCUGAAUGGAAUGGUGACAAUUAUCCAGAAAUGGUGGAGGGGUUACCAAGCAAGAAAAUCUUUCAGGAGCAAAGUCAAGACAGCGCAUUUUAUUAUGAAGAUGAAUUUCUACAAUGAAAUGGCUGUCAGGAUUCAGAAAAGAUGGCGAGGAUAUUACGUUCGGAAGUAUGUGCACAGUUACUACGCCUUGAAAAAUUAUCUGGAAGGGGUGGCCAUCAAGAAUGAGAUUGUCAGGAAGGAACUCGAUGAGUUUGCAGACAUGAAGGCUGAAGAAAAAGCGAAAAAAGACUCGGAGGCAGAAGAGCGCAAGAAAGAUUACCGGGCUCGAAAGAUGCAUUACCUUCUCAGCACUGAACAGGCUGCAGGAAUAUAUAAUUCACCUUAUAGACCAUAUCCUGAUGAGAUGGAGUUUCGAUUGCAAAGAGCACGGCCACUAAGCCAUAAAGAGCGCCCAGUAAUCAAAGACGAUGGCAGCGUUUUGGCUAACUGGUCAGAUUGUAGGGUUCGAUUUUCUUUCCCAACAACGCAACCUCUCCCCCCAAUUGGAAAGAAGAAGCCACAGGGUCCAUUCCGUGAGACAGCUGAAGUAUUACAGCAGCGCUACAAACCUUUAGAGCCAACCUUGAGAGUGGCAACAUCAAUCAAUUCAGUGGACGAGACCAGAGAGGAGCUCCGAAGACAGGAAUGGAGUAAAUACAUCCAUGACAACAUGUUUGCUCCAUUUUCCUCUUAUAACAAAAACCAAAUUUACGAGCCAUCAAUACAUACGUUAACAGAUUACAAGUCAGCCCCUUAUGGCACUCAGCAUUUCCGCGAUAAACAAACGGCAAAAUGGAUAUCAAACAAGGAUUUCCAAACCGUCUUCACAUCUUUUCCAGUUUUUGAGAAAUUUGGACAAACAUAUUCCAAAGCUGGAAACGUGGUGUAGUUCCUCCCGGAAAAAGAAAAAAGUGUUUUCCCAAAGACAAGAAAAACAAAAACAAACCAAAAAGUUAUAAACAGCAGAGUAAAAAAAAAACUUAAAAAAAAUUUUCUGAUUCCAUUUGUUUUCUCUCAUUCGUUCAUUCCUAUUCUUCUUUAUUCACUAUAUACAUUUUCCAUUUAGAAUCUACUUCCACUGUUGCUUUAAAGUUGAGCAUGUCAAAUUUAAUCCUGCAUAAAUCAUCUCUUCUGCAUAAACAGUAC